UUGUGUUGAUGUCCGAUCUUGAGCAAAAAAAAAGACAGGUCUGAGACUGAGUAGUAAAUGAUGUUUUAUCAGAUUCUGGUGCAAUCAUCAAGAGGCAGCGAUCUUCUAACGAAAGAAUAUCAGGAACAUGGGAUUCCAAAGUUUGGAGAAGUUUUCAGGUCUUUCCUUAAGAACCAUAAGGAAAAAGACCUACUUCCAGUUAUGGAAGUAAGUGGCAAAUACAUCAUUCACAUAAAGUGCAAUGGUAUAUAUUUUAUAUGUUCUGCAUCACAAGAUGAACCACCUUUUGCAGCUUUGGAAUUAUUAGAAAGAUUGAGUGGGUUAGUGAAAGACUUUUGUGGUAUUGUAUCUGAAGAAGCCAUUGUUCAGAACUCUGCUCUGGUAUAUGAAUUAUUAGAUGAAAUUAUGGAUUGUGGUAUAGUACUCACUACUUCAACCCGUAGUUUGAAACCUUACAUUCAGACUGAUCCCAUACCAGUGAAAGCUGAUAGGCAGAUUGAGGGAAUCCUUGGUAUCGCACCUGGAUUGUUUGGUUCUGACUUUCAAAUUGCUCCAAGUAAUUCUCCUGAUAAGCCAUUAUCUCUUAGUCAACAUUCUCAGGCACUUGGCAGUCAGAAAAAUGAAGUUUACUUGGACAUCAUUGAAAGGAUGACUGUUCUUGUAGCAGUCAAUGGUAAUGUUAUCCAGAGUGAGUUGAAUGGUACAGUACAUCUGAGAAGCUUUCUUGUUGGAAACCCUGAACUUGUGAUUGGUUUAAGUGAAGACCUUAUGAUAGGUAGAGGUAGUCCAAUCAGUUCUGGACCAGGAGUUAGAUUAGACCAUGUUCAGUUCCAUCCUGCUAUUAGUCUAGCUGAGUUUGAGCAGCAGAGGGUCUUAAGAACUCAAAGCCAAGAAGGAGAGACAACAUUAAUGAAAUACGGUAUUUCUAAUCAUCUUUCCAAUAAACUUCCAUUCCAAGUAGAGGCAUCAGUGGCAGAGAUUACUGAAAAACAGAUUGUGGAAGUAGAACUUCAUGUAAUGUGUCAUGUUGAUCAGAGACACCAUGCUGUUAAUGUCAAACUAAACUUACCACUACCCAAAGCUACUACAGAUGUAUCCCCAAGCCUACCAUCACAAAGUCAAACCAUGGAGUAUAAACGAGGAGACAGAUCGGCAGUGUGGUGUAUUAAGAAGAUGAUAGGUGGUAGUAAACAUACAGCUAGACUAAGGAUUCAUUUGGACCAUCUUAGUAAUAGUACCCUUGUAGAAAUCGGCCCAGCUAGUCUAGAAUUUGAACUCAAAGACUUCACUUCCUCCAAGCUUCAGAUUCGUUUCCUCAAAGUGUUUGACAGGCACAACUCCUAUGUACCAUUCCGUUGGGUUCGUUAUGCAACCCUCAGUGAUUCCUAUGUCAUCAGACUCAGAUGACAUCAAUACACCAGACACACUGUGAGGAGAUUCCUGUAUGUCAUCAGACUCAGAUAACAUCAAUACACCAGACACACUGUGAGGAGAUUCCUGUAUGUCAUCAGACUCAGAUAACAUCAAUACACCAGACACACUGUGAGGAGAUUCCUGUGUGUCAUCAGACUCAGAUAACAUCAAUACACCAGACACACUGUGAGGAGAUUCCUGUGUGUCAUCAGACUCAGAUAACAUCAAUACACCAGACACACUGUGAGGAGAUUCCUGUGUGUCAUUCUAUGCUGCAAGAGAUAUGUCAGGUUGAAGUAUUGCUCUGGAAUACCUUGCUAGCUGUAAGCAACCCAUGAGCUCUUUGUGGUGAGAAUUUUACAGUAUUCCUCCAUACAUUAAAUGCAUUCUGUCUUGAAUUUUCAUGGGGAAUGGAUUACAAUUGGCCAACAAGACUAUAUGAAAAAACAGUAGAAAUAACUGUAUUAUAGAUAGACAAUUAGGGCUCAGUAGUUUGUACUGUCCCAUCUUUGAUAUUCCUGGGAUUUUCAGAGAAGGGAAAGUAAGAUAAUGACUUUUGUGAGGCAAUUGGUCGAAUAUAUGAUGACUAUUUCUCUUGAUGGAAAGCAUGUGUUACUGGGUAAAUACUCCAGUAGUGUUCCACUCCCCAUGAAACAUGACAUUGUAUAUCUUUUUUAAAGAACAUUUCAUUCCCCAAAGCAUGCUCACUUUAACAUUUCUAACAAAAUUUUCAAAUUCUUCAGCUGUGGUGAAGUCAAGGCUUCAUGCUUGAUAAAACUUAUUUCAGACAUAAAAUGGUCCUUAACCCUAAAACAGCCCCUCAACAUUUUCCACGACCAUUCUGCAGAAUUUUUUUACCACGCCGCUCAUUGACUUUUUACUUUAAAGUCUUGCGGGUAUGCGGUUGAAAAAUUAUGCCACAUUAUGUAAGUGCAUGUCAGACCCAAAUUGCUCCGAAAUGUGAUUUUGUGUACAAAGUCCAUGCAAAUUGAGUUUUCUCAUCUCCUCCAUAAAGGUAUGAUUAUCCUUACUUUCAUCAGCGGAAAUAAAUAGAUUUUAGCAUAAUUAUGUUUCAAAGAGAUUCUGCAAUAAAUUUUGGGAAAAAAACAAAGAAAAACAAAAUGUUAAACAACAGAGAAAUGCAUAAGAAAUACAUAAAACCAUAAUAUACAUCAUUUAGUUUCAAACCAGGACUUCUUCAUUUGUAAUUGUUAGCAAUGGUAAAAAGAAUAUUCACACCAAAAAUCAGCAUUCUAGGAACUUUCUUUAGUGAAUUAUGAUUUACGCAUAUAUUAAUUCAUAUCAAAAAAUUUAAUUAUUUCAGAAAAAAUUAACCAUACAGACUUUUAGAUUGUAUUCCACACUAUUAUCAUGCUAAUUUUCUCAGUGUUUGCGCGAUUGGCAGCUGAGAUGUCAAGGGGGAAUUGAUUCGACCCCCCCCGUCAGAUAACGUUAAAAAAAUCCUGGUCUGGUUAGGGUUGAAGCCACCUCUCUUGACUCCAUCAUUGCUUGUUGACCAACCAUGUUGUCAUUUUUGCAUGUUAGCUUUGAUGAGUUAAACUAAUACAUGUAUUAACAUUAAAAUAAAUGAUAACUUUGUAAUGAACAAAUUUAUAUUUUUUUGUUUAUAAAUUCUUUCAAAUAUAACAAUAUGGUAGGUUGUGCUGUAAUGUAAAAGCAGAAGUAAAUUUGUAAUAUUUCAUCAAAUUGAUUUUAUUGCAAUUGAGAGCAUUAAUGUUUUAAAUUGUUAAAGCAAGCAAUAUUUACAAAAUAUGUGUUUAACAUCAUGGAUUUGUAGCACUGUCGAAGGAGAUCAUAUUUUCAUGACUCCCGUUUCAUAGAAAAUUCAAAGAAAGUUGUAAUAUUGAUGUGGUUAUCUGUUAUUAUGAAGGAAAGACGAUACAAUAAUUAAUUCCCUUCAAACAAUUUAUCUCAUGCUUCAAUGCCGGGACUUGCCAUCUCUGACAACUAAUUUAUUACUUUUAGCAGUGAACGUAACAAUAAAAAGUUAAAACUACCCUCAACUCUUACAACCCAUCUACUUGUAUCCUUGCCUUCUUUCUCAGUUUACAGUAACUUGUUCUGUUUACAGAAUUUAACCAGUCUAAUCUCAGUGAAAUUGAAGGGUAGAUGGCGUCAAUAGACUUGUAUAAUACUUUUUAUGUAACAAAAGAAUUUUAGGUUAUAGCUUAACCUUUAUUUUCAGAGAUGAUGUGCCGACAGAAACAAUCCUCUCCUAUCAAACAGGGAGUGCGUAAAGAGCAAAA